AUGGCGACAAACCGUGCUCCUCCCUCCGAGCAGGAGAUGAAAAGCCGCAUCAUCACUCAUAUGAACACGCAGCAUUCCCGCGAACUCUCCCACUACCUCCGCCACUACGCCGGUCUCUCCGCCCGCGCUGCCACGGCCUCGCCCGCCAUUCAGGACAUGAGCCUCGCCGGCAUGACCAUCAAAACCCGCAAUGGCACCUACGACGUUCCGUUCUCUCCUCCUUUGUCAUCCUGGGCCGAAGCCCGCCCUCGUGUCAUCGCCAUGGACGUCACUGCUCGCGAGGCACUCGGCAUCAGCGACAUCUAUCUCACAGAAUGGGCCAGGCCCAGAGGCUUCGACUGGAUCCCUCUCGGCGGCGUCGUCUUUUACUACAUCUGCUACGCUGGCUUGCCAUGGGUUGCCCCGGGGAGCGCCGUGUGGGAAACGCUCAGGGUGGUGUUUCCAGGAGGCCCGGAGUGGUUCUUGUGGAUAGUUAGGUCGAUUUUCUGGAUAGUCUUUGGUAUACACACGGUAGAGGUGUAUUUCCUUGACAAAUGGAAGUUGCAGAAGCACGGCGUUCCGAGGUUCUCUUGGGUGUGGUGGGCGUGGGCCAGCAACAUUUUCUUCGAAGGUGUGACGACGUGGAAGAGGCUAGACUCGAUCAUUGCCGCGAAGAGGGCUCAGAAGGAAGAGAAGAAACACUGA